UAGCUUCCCCGAGCCAGAAAAUCUGCGUUUUAUUAUUAGUUAUAUAUCAAAUUCAUCCGUACGAAGAGAUGCGAAGACGAAAAUUCAGCAUAUUGAGGAAAACAAGCUAAUCAACGGUUUCAGCUGAAGCUAUUGUGAGCUUUUCCCUAAGAAGGUUACAGUCCCAGUGGCCUCAGCAGCAUCAUGGUGGACAUUGCUGUGAAGAACGGAGCCGCUUGGGUCUGUCAGGCUGAGGGACAUCGCUUGGCUGAUGUCCUGAGUCCUGUUCAGAUCGGUGACAAGGACGACCAUGAAGACGAGCUCAAAAACUGCGUCAGCCCAGUUCUGUUGGAGCAGAAGGAGGAAGGCUCUCCGUGUGUCCUGGUGCUGCAGUGUGGCCCCUGUUCCCCUUCUGCCAUCAGCCGCCUGCUGGUCAUCAGCGAGGCUCGAACCAUGGAGGUGUACAACCAGACAGGAGAAUACUGUGGGACUGUACGCGGGGACAGAGAAGACGGCAUCCAGAUAGACAGUUCAGACAGAGGGCCUUUCUAUAAGAAACAGCUGAUCCUCGAGCAGCCGUCCUCAGCCUGUGAGGUGAAGCUCCUCUCUCUGGCCGGUAGAAGCAGUGUUUUGGUGUGUCGAGUCAUUGUGGGCCUUCAGCAGCUCCAGGUCUGCCCAGUCCGCGGGCCUGGCAUCGACAUGCAGCAGGUGCAGUGUCUGGUUGAGGAGAUGGGGACGAGUCUCUCACCAGGAGCCCAGAACCUCAUGGAAAUGGUGCAAUUCCAGCAGAAGAACCAGACCGGCUCUCUGGGUGGAUUCCUGCCUCUCCUGAUGGGCAGUGGAGCUUUCUCUGCCCUGGCUCAAGGAGCCAACAUGUCCCCAGCAGCCGUCAGUCACCAGCCCCAGCCUGCAGACUCCAGGUCUCCAGUCGGCUCCAUCAGGCCUGCAGAUGAAUCUCUUCCGGCUCAGAAUGGAGCGAUGUCAAACGGCUCGACCUCCUCGUCCCCAGACCGGCCGGUUUCUGAUGUCAACACUGAGAAUAUAACUAACAGUGAGAGCAGAGCCACAACGAGCCACGCGCAGCUAGCAGAGAUGAUGUCACACUUCAUGAAAGGGCAGGGACGCGACCAGGUGAUCGGAUCCGACCCCAAGCUUCUGCCCAUGCUGCAGAGCCUCUGCGGUCAGGUGACGAAGCUGAGGCUGGAUGAUGCUGCAGCGGUGGCAGAGAAAGAGAAGAAGAUGAGAAAUGGCACAUGGGAGCUGGACUCAGUCAUGGAGCGUCGUCUAGAGGAGAUGGAGAAGAGGCUGAUGGAGCACGUGGACCGUCGCCUGGAUGCUCUGGAGCAGAAGCUGGAGAAGGCCCUCCUGAGCGCCCUGCCACAGCUCGCCCUCAACCAGGGAGCCAUGAGCAGCUCAGCAGGAGAAGCAGCAUCCACCGGACCGAUGGAUCAGACCGCACCGACACCAGCCAUGCACUGAGUUCAGCACCGCUAAAAAGACUAACAUGAUGUGUGACCGGGAAGCCUUUCUGGCCCUGGUCCCUCUCAGACUGACCUCAGUGUCAGAAGGAAGGCAGAGCAGGAUGCAGAUACUAACGGAGACAAAAACAGGACACAUUUAAAUGAUAAUUGCGACAAUUUGAUGAAGCAUACAAUUGUCUUAAAGUGUACAUCUCCAGCUGUCUAAGAUUCAGCCUCUGAAACGGUUAGUUUGUAUUUAUCUCUGGGAGAAAAUAGCAAAUGAAUGCGACUCUAUUUAACAACCAGUGAGAAUCUCCCGCUGAGCGUAGAAAUCCCUCAGAUCUCAGAAAACGUCUGUUGCAUUCUGGGCAAGUUUGGCCACAUUAAGGAGAAGACAGAAACACAUCUCCAACUGUUUGUGAAAGUAUUUUAACAUAAAGAAGAAGCUUUAAUUAACUGCAGUGAUGUGAUCUCACUCAGGUUGUUGUUUUUUGAUUUUAACGUGAUAAUAAUUGACAUGCAACAUGGGCAGGACACUCGUAUGUUCACAUGAAACUUUGCGUGUAAACACUCCCAGGUUUUAUAACCCACAUGACCCUGACCGACAGUUAUUCUUAUUCACGCUCUGUAACGUACUGUAACUGCACUUAUCUGAAGUGUUUUGGUCCGUCAGGCCUUAAGUGUUUUGGUUCGACACUUGUGGAAAGUCUCAGAAUGAGUCCAUAUGCUGUGGUUACUGCAGUGUAUAAAGAAGGUGUAACUGAUUAAAAAUGUUUUUAAUAUGGCACUGUAAUGUUUUAAAUAAUGUACAUGUCUGUAACAUAAAGCCUGUCUGCCAGUGUAACUAGUAAAAGGACUGUGAUGUUGAUGGUUUUAAUAACUGUGCUGACGUGCAUAGCAAUAAUAAAUAUAUUUAUACAGA